GAGAACUGCGACACCGAUGAAAUACCCACCAUACUACGCAAUCUGAAUGUUCACACUUCAGAUUGUGAAUGGCAAUAUUGUAUGUUAGAUAUCAGGUAUUACCCUAAUACCAAUUUAAAUUAAGUUAUUACCUAUUCAAAUAAAACAGACACGAAAAAUCUCCUGCCAACACAAAUUCUUAAUAUUUAAGAUAAGCCAGACAAUACUAGUCUAAUCACUUAACUAUUAAGGAUCUAAACCCAAAAUCCAUAUCUCAGAAAAAACCUACCUACAAAAUGAGUCACAUUAUCAGAUAAUGGCAUUCUAGCAGCGUUCGACCACAUUAACAAAUGUCCCAUACAAAAUGAUAACAAUUCCCUUUUGUUAGUUCAACAUUAACUGCCGACUAACCGAUACGUUUAGUGCGCCUUUUAAUAUUGACAUAAAUAGGUAGUUGGUAUAUUUGACUUUAGUUUUGGUGGCGAAUUGAGCAAUGGCUAUACAAAUAUUUUUAGUGGCUGUGAUUGUGUUGAUCAGUGGAAGUGCAGCGAGAAUUGUGAAUAAAUUUAAAUGUCCUGAAGUCAGGGCUGUCCCGCACUUCAAUUUGCAACAGAUGCUCGGUGACUGGUAUGUGGUGGAGUACUAUGCAAGCGCAGAGGAGGCCCUGUCAUACAGCUGUAUGAAAUCAGUGUUCGCGCAAGACGACCAUGUGCCAGCUGCAGAUGGUGGGUGGACGCCAGGUGUAACGAUGAACUUCACUUACCGUUUCGCGGACGACCCUCUGGGGGAGAAUCUUUUCGGCAACAUUACUUGGCGCGUGGACCUCAACCAACCAGCCCAUUGGACACAUGCUGAGAGCACCUAUGACGGCAUCUACAACACGUACGUGCUAGAUACGGAGUAUAAAACCUGGUCGCUGCUGCUGCACUGCGCGGAGCCGAAGGACAAGGCCCGGUAUCUGAGCGCUUUCAUCCUGUCUCGAAAGACGACGCUGCCCAAGAACGUAAUGGCGUAUCUCAGGGAUAAGUUACCCAGAUACGACGUCGACAUGAACUACGUGUUCGCGAUCCCGCACGACGACUGCAAGGACACGCCGGCGCGCGCCGACUACUCGCCAGUGCUCGUGCCGGUCGAUUCCAAGAAACCGCAGAAACCCGGCCUCGCCUACGAUGUAGCACAGGAUAAUUAAAAAGCUGAAUUCACAAAAUGUACCCGACAUGGUCAAAUACAGAUAUGCCUCUCGCGCUUCGCUAAGAGACCAACCAUAGUCAUACAUGUACCAUCUGAAAGCGUGAAGGUUUCUUUGACAGCUUACACCAAGACAACCUACGAGUAUACCCAGAGUAUUUGAAAUAGCGAGGAAAGGAUUACAAAAGAAAAAUAUUAAAAUGUAAUAGUAAUAUUUAUAUCCUAAUGUUAAGUAUGUAAUCUAAUGUCAUUGUUGAAAAGCUUUAAAUCCCGAAUCUAAAAUAUCCACUGAUACUGCCAAAAUUAUUUAUAUACUUUUUAAUAAAAAUAAUAAAAUAUCGUAACAACAAAAUAUAUCUUUUCAUAUUUUAAUUUGUGUUGUUUCAAGUAGAAACACCAAAUACUAUAUUUCGGAUUAUAAUUUAUAAACCGAUAUACAUGUCAUAUUUCAUAUAAUAAGAAAAAGUGACCAAUGCUUCCAGGACCCCGGGGCUGGAAUCGAACCAGCUUCAUCUGCUAACGCGGCAAGCUGGAGGUGGAGGCCUUGGUCACUUUUUCUUGAGAUAUGUCCUUUAUUUCGGUUUAAAUAUCGUAAUGUAUAAUAAUAAAAGAUUAAUUUGUCAUAAU